CGUUAAUAUCACAGCCCACUGACACGUCUACAGGAUUAUGAUACUAAUGUCUGUUGCUGUAGCUGACAUAUAUCACCUAGCUUCUACAGUUAGCUUGUAAUCAGCUGUAAUGCCACCCUGUUUAGCUACCCGGUUGUCUUCAUGGCUGUGCAUCAUUACAGGGCUAACGUCAAUAUGGAGGAGAAGCUGUGUCAGCUGAAAGGCUGUGUCGUGAUUUCAGGUGUGAACAUGGCCACAGUGAGUCCGCCCGGUGGUGAUGGCUCUUCUGAUGUGUUACAGGUAACUGUGAUGGCGCGGUCAAAGAUGUGUGUGCCGCUGGUUGUAGUGGUGGUCCUCUCAGUGCUGCUGACAGGAGCCACCCAUGCCGGGCCUGAGAUGGACCCGUACAAAAUCCUGGGAGUAACCAGGAGUGCGAGCCAGGCUGAGAUCAAGAAGGUCUAUAAGCGUCUGGCAAAAGAAUGGCAUCCGGACAAAAACAAAAAUCCAGGUGCUGAGGACAUGUUUAUCAAGAUUACCAAAUCAUAUGAGAUCCUGUCCAAUGAGGACAAACGUGCCAACUAUGACCGCUACGGGCAGACUGAUGACACCCAGCCAUACGGCGGCAACCGCUACGGUCAGCGCCAAGACAGCUUUUACUUCGAUGAGUCCUUCUUCAACUUUCCCUUCAACAGCAAGAACCACAGAGACUUUGCGGACAGCAAAUACAUCUUGCACUUUAACCAGUAUGUGAGCGACGUGGUGCCCGACAGCUACAAGAGACCGUACCUGAUAAAGAUCACCUCUGACUGGUGCUUCAGCUGCAUCCACAUCGAGCCUGUCUGGAAGGAGGUGGUGCAGGAGAUGGAGACCCUAGGUGUCGGAAUAGGUGUGGUGGAUGUUGGCUAUGAGAGGCGGUUGGCCAAUCACCUCGGUGCUCAUCGCACUCCAUCAAUACUCGGAGUCAUCAAUGGCAAGGUGACGUUUUUUCAUUACGCUGUAGCAAAGGAGCACCUGAGGCAGUUUGUAGAAGACCUUCUUCCUCAGAGACUUGUGGAGCGGGUCACCGACAAGAAUGACCUGCAGUUCUUGAACAGCUGGCAUGAGCUCAACAAGCCUCAUGUGCUUCUGUUCGACCAAGUGCCUGUCGUUCCUCUACUGUUCAAACUGACAGCGUUUGCUUAUAAGGACUACUUGCAGUUCGGCUAUGUGGACCAGGGUCUUUCAGAGACCGCCAAUCUGCAGAAACAGUUCAAUAUUAACACUUACGCUCCAACCAUGCUGGUCUUCAAAGAGAACAUUGACAAGCCUGCUGACAUUAUACAGGCUAAAGGAAUGAAAAAGCAAAUUAUCGAUGAGUUCAUGUCAAACAACAAAUUUCUCCUCGUGCCACGGCUGGUCAAUCAGAAGCUCUUCGAUGAGCUCUGUCCUGUCAAACAGUUCCACAGACGCAGAAAAUACUGUGUCCUGCUGAUCACCGGUGAUGAAGAGACCUUUUCUUUCGGGAACCAGGCCUUCCUCUCCUUUGCCUCCACCAAUGCCAAGGAGGUUGUUAGAUAUGCUUACGUGUACCAACGGCUACAGCAGCCUCUUUGUGACAUCCUCAUGCAGAACAAGGACAGCGCACAAUCACCAACACAGGUGGUGAUCCUGGAGAGGCGUAACGCUGCAGGCAAGGCCUUGUUCAAGCCAGUGACGGCCUGGAAUGGCAGUGAGGAAGACAAGCAGCGUCUUCUGGAGGAGCUGGAGCGACUUCAGAAGGACCCGUCCAUCCUCAUCCAUGACGCAAUGCUGCCUGAGCUCAACAACGAGUUUGCCUCUAUGUUUGUAAUCCGAUGGAUCUAUGCAUCUUACGAUUACCUCUCUGAAGUCAUCGAUGAUAUUCUCCAUAACAACUGGCGUGAGAUGAUGCCUCUCCUGUCCCUCAUCUUCUCUGCUUUGUUCAUCCUGUUUGGAACUGUGGUCAUCCAGGCCUUCAGUGAUUCAAGUGAUGAUAAACAGACUAAACCAAAGGCGAAAGAUGGAACAAAAGCAGAGAAUGGGUCACCGGGGACUGGUGGUACUUCAAGGCAAGAUCGGCCUCCCAAGAAGAAUUUUGUGGAGGUGACGGAGCUGACGGAUAUCACUUACAUGAGCAACCUGGUGAAGCUGAGGCCGGGACACAUGAACAUAGUGCUUGUGCUCACUGACGCCUCCAAGAACAUCCUGCUCAGCAAGUUUGCCAAAGAGGUCUACUCCUUCACAGGGAGCAUGACGCUGCAUUUCUCCUUCCUGAAUAUUGACAAGCACAGCCAUUGGAUGAACACUCUGCUGGAAUACGCACAGGACGCCACGCAGAUCGAUGCAGAGGAGGAUGACAGUGGAAACCACAAGAUAGACUACACCGGCUACGUGCUGGCACUUAACGGCCACAAGAAGUAUCUCUGUCUGUUCAAGCCCGUCUACACUGGGGAAGACCUUGACAAUAAGUCAUCUGAGGAUGAAGGGGGCGCUUCGGGGGGGAGGUCGAGAUCCAGUUCCCGUGACGACCACCCACCGCGCAAAUCCAACCGAUCCCGCAGCAUAUCCACCCUGCAGAUCCACCACAAACUGGACCGCCUGGGGUUGUGGAUGGAAAGGCUCAUGGAAGGCACUUUGCCUCGCUACUACAUCCCCGCCUGGCCAGGACUGGACAAGAUCACCCCCAUUAAAUGAACUGAGCCGAGUUAGAACUUGGUAUUUAUCUACUGUCACACUGCUCUCAUGUUAGGCUACAGCUGCUUUUCUUGCACUUGAGAUAUUUAAUAAUUACAGUCGAUUAAAGUUGGCUAAAGUUGCAACUACUGUGGGACAGGUCCUUUAGCGUACCCAACUCAUUGCAUGCUGUUUUAUAUAUUUUAUUCAGGCAAAUGCUGCUGCUACAGCCUUGUGAACAGAAAACAAAAUCACUGUGGCUACCUGUACUCUCCUGCCUUCACGACCAUUAGUCAUAUUCACAUACACUACUACAGGAGGCAGGGUAACUACCUUCAUCUUCAUUGAUGAAUACUGUGAACAGAGAUGCAUGUCUCCAACGCUAAAUGUCUUUUUUUUUUUUUAUGCAUCUCAGCCAUUUUUUUUUUCUGUUGUAGAUUAUCUCCUGAAUGCUGGCUCGCUUGUGCAAUAUAGCGUACUGCUGUAAUGACAAUGCCUUUUACCUUGGACCUCAAGAGUUUCUCCAUGUUCUUCCCUCUGCAUAAAAUACUACUAGAAAAUACUUGUUUUGUUACAUGGAAACUGUUGGGGUUGGGUUUAAAAUGUACUUCACUACAAGCAAAAGUUAUUUAGCAGCCUUGGUUGAACAACCUCAGUUAGCCAGUAGCUUUAUGUAGCAAACACAAUAAACAGGCUGUCCAUUUCAUUUUCAGAAUGUUUUCCACCUGACCAUGAUUGACUGAUACUUUAUCAUUAUGUCAUUUUGAAUUAUGUAGACAUUAAAGACCAAACUUGGUGUGUGCUUGCUUGGUUUAUUAAUUUGUGUUGUCAACAUUAAGUGUAAAAAUGUCAUUAAUAUCGUUUUUGUUGGUACUAUGUAAAUAUUGUACAUACUCAUGUUAUCUAUAGGACCUGUAUUUUAAAGAAUAUAUAACUUGAAAGUUUAGGUGAAUGUUUUACAUGGAUUUAUCAGAAUGCUGUAGUUUGUUUUUCUUUAAUCAAAGUUAGUGUGAUGAUGUCUGCUACUGUCAGAUGUUUCAGUUGGUCAGUAGUUAAUUUAUCUUAUUGUUGGUUGUAAUAAAAUGCUUUAUGUUUGUUAAUUAAAACACA